GCGAUCUUAUAAAUAAUUUUUGUUUCUCGCACGCUCUGAUUGAACCGAACGAAACCCUAAGGAAGGAAUAUGGCUGCUGAAACCGACGCGAGAUGCCAGGGAGAUGUAAGAAAGCUAGCCCUCUUCUUUGAGAAACUCGGCGCCUCUUCUCCUCCUGAUACGAAAAAAAGUUCAGAAAUCAUCAAUCGAAAAGGAUGCGGAGGAUCCGCUGGUUCAGGCACCUAUACAGGCUAUACUCCUGUCGUCUUCAUGGGGCAGAAUGACUUCGGAGGACCAGUGGCUAGGGGAGGUGCUUCUGUGGACAAACGACAAUGUGUGCCCUGCAAUGAGUGUUCUAAGUCGCACCCCCUUUAUUCUUAUUGCCCUUACACCCCUUGUGAUAUUUGUGACAAGGUUCACGACUCUGAGUGUUGCCCUUACUUCGACCAUCUCCCACAAGGGGCAACUUUUCCCCCUGGAUAUGAAAUAGUUUGUCGAUGCGGUAAUUUAUUUAAUGAGGAUAAGUGGGCUUGUAGCUCUUGUAGUGGGAGCAUUCCAGUGCUUGCGGCCAAGUAUUGUUCCAUUUGUAAUGUCUAUUAUCAGCACAGUGUAUAUGAAUGCCCAGUGGACAAGGAACGUGCUGCCAAGUAUAAAUUGGUCAGAGCCGAGAUGCUUUCACGUGUGCCGAUUCCCCAUCGUCCUGUCUAUCCAGAAUCAUCAUGAGGAAUUCCCUAUGUUCCAAUUACUCCUUCCUCGUCGGUUUGUGGAGACAUGAAAGAAGGCAAGGACAUGAACAUAGGCACACCUUGUUGGAAGCCUACUGUGAUUGCACCAGAAGAGGAUUCAGUGAAUGUAACUUUAUGAGUUUAAUGUGAUUGAACAUAAACACGCCUGGAGAACUUUUUAAUAGCUCAAGUGUUUUAAUGUGAAUGGUAUGUGCCUAUGUGUGAUUUACUUUCUUGUUUUUGUUUAAUGUGUGAUGUAGUUUGGUGCUAUAAUGCUCUUCUUUCUUUUGAUAUUGCUUUUCUUUACAUUUGUUGACGAUGUUAAUGGGUAAAAUUCUGUUGGGUUAGUAGUUGUAUAUUG